AUGUCGAAGAAAUCAGGGAUCAAGAAGCAGCCCACGCACCUGAAAUCUGAUAUACGUCAAGCUAUCAGGGAUAUGUAUUCGAAGAGGGGCCAGGUCGACAAGGAAGCAAUCAAAUCUAGGUUUCUUGCCAAGUACCCAGAUCAAGCGAGUCGUAUUAACCAAGUCGUGGUCGACUAUGCUUUCUCUCUGCAGCAGCGUAGUGGAAAGGAUGUAGAGACACAGUCUGAGCCGUCAAAGACCUACAACCAUCAAAAUGAGGGAGAGAAUAAGGGAGCAGAUGAUGCCACAAGAUGUGACAGAAAAGCGAGCCCAGAGAAAGACAUAAGCAACGACAUUGUGAACAAAGAGAAGCAGAAUGGCCAUGCAAUUUUACAAGACUUCCAGGAUUACCUUUCGGUCAAUAAUCGAAAUGGAAGUGCGUCGUGUUCCACCUCAUCGACCGUGCCUUCUCUGGAAAACCAGAUGUGCUUCCUGAAGCCUAACGAUCAAGAUGACUGUAUUACCAAGGACCAGAAUUAUACUAUUGCCCAGAACGCGAUUCUGAUAUCCUCUAUUGCAAGUGUUAUGCCACCUCAAUUUGCUCUUAUGGGUGGAUUAAGGGCUCGGCAAUCAGUGUUACCCCCGGAUCCUAGAGUUAUGCUAAACACAAACGUACCAUUCUCGGCCUUUAUAUGCGGGGUCCAAGGCAGCGGAAAGUCUCAUACCACAAGCUGCAUAAUCGAGAAUUGCUCCUUGUCAUUGCCCAUUUUAGGAGCUCUGAAGCAGCCACUCUCCACACUGGUGCUCAACUUCAAUGAGUACAGUUCGAAUGUUAGUGCCCAGCCGUGCGAAGCUGCAUUCCUCUCUUCGGUUUUGCCGGAAUGGUCGAAGCAUGGACUCUCCAUCCCCGUUCGAGUCCUGGUGCCUCCGUCGAAUUUCCACAAUCUCAAGAAAAUAUACUCCCAGAUACCAAAUGUUGAUGUUCAACCAUUCAGACUCAAGACACAUCACUUGAAUAUCAGUACAAUGUUAUGUCUUAUGUCCAUCGGAAAGGAUAGCCAAAUGCCCUUAUACAUGAGCCAGGUAGUCAGAGUGCUCCGUGAAAUGGCUAUUGAAAACAAGGGAGGAACUUUUGAUUAUCUCGAUUUCAGAAGACGUCUAGAGGAUCUCAAGCUAGACCGCAUGCAAACACCCUUUUUACAUCAGAGAUUAGAUCUACUUGAUUCCUAUCUAGACCUCAAAGAGGAGCACAAUAGCGACUACUUCACCGACGGCGGCAUCACUAUCUUGGAUUUGUCUUGCCCAUUCAUGGAUCAGGCUACCACCUGUAUCCUUUUUCGUAUUGCUAUUGAUCUCUUCCUUCAUGCCCAUCCCUCGCGGGGUAAGAUGAUCGUGGCAGACGAAGCUCACAAGUACAUGAGUGAAACACCAGCGGCCAAGGACUUGACCGAGACAUUCCUUAACAUCAUUCGCCAGCAACGCCACCUAGGGGUUCGGACCGUCAUCUCCACGCAGGAGCCGACCAUCUCGCCGCGGCUGAUUGAUCUUUGCUCUAUGACAAUUAUCCAUCGGUUUACAAGCCCUGAGUGGUAUAGGACCAUCAGGAAGCACGUCCCUAUUGGUGACCAAAACAAUAGCAGCAGUUCUGAACUAUGCCUUGAUGGGCUUCACGAGAUCGCACGUUUGCAAACCGGGGAGGCUUUGGUUUUUGCACCCUCUGCCCACCUCCUGGAUGAGAAAAGCUCUGUAAUCAAUGCCGCACACAAAGUUUUUAAAAUGACAAUUCGAAAGCGUAUUACCUGGGAUGGCGGAAGGACAAUUUUGUGUGUUCGUUGA